AUGAGUUCCAGACGGGAUACUUCAAAAGGGACAAACAGAUCCCUGAAGCCAGUGAUAGAGAAGAAGAGGAGAGAUCGAAUAAAUCAGAGUCUGGAUGAGUUGCGGACACUGCUCCUGAGCCACACGCUGGACACGAGGCUUCAGAACCCAAAGCUGGAGAAGGCAGAGAUCCUGGAGCUGACUGUGGAGUACAUCCGAAACAAAACGAACAGAGAAACAGCUCGCUGCAGCAGAGCAGAUGUAGGGGUCCCUGUGCAGGCUGGUGAUGGGGUCCCCCCGGUUCCGGGCCCCUGUGCUGAGGGGGCGCCCCCCGUCUCCAGCUGCCUGUACUCGGCUGGGUUCCAGCAGUGCGUCUCCCGCCUCAGCACCUUCAUGGACUGCGUUAACCCCGCCCAGAGGCGGAGCCUCGUCCGGGGGCUCCAGCACUACCUGGGACCCCCCAGCCCCCCCCACCUGGAGGCGGCGUAUCACCCCGAAAAUGGCCCUCUCUACCCCGUCCUGCACCCGCCGCCCAGCCAAACCCUGACCCACCCAUACCCGUCUCCGCCCUACUCCCUGUCUCCUCCCCCCUCCCCCUGCUACACCAACGCCUCUCCCAACUUCCUGUCUGCCACGGGUCACUUCCUCUUCCCUCCCAAUCUCUCCCCCCUCUCCUGUGACUCCUCCUCCUCCUCCUCCACUUCACCUCAGCCCCUCCCAAGCCUCUGCCCCGCCUUCCCCUUACUGGUGGCCCCGCCCCUUCCCCCAUCGGCUCCGCCCACCCCUCACCUGCCAACCGCGCUCCUCUCUCCAGCCAAGAGGGGGCAGCGGGGAGCCCUGAGGCGGGAGUUAUUCCCCCUCCCAGCCAGCGCCGUGUGGAGGCCCUGGUCCUGAAUCCCCAAAUAAAUCCCCCCAAUAAAUCUGCAGGAUGACAAGUCUGCAUCGCCCUCCCGCUAUGACUGAGGGUUCAGAAUGUUCCGGAAGAACGGGCAAUCCCGAGCAGGAAGGAGUGACGUCCGCCCGGCAGCAGGAGGAGAGAAGACCAGGCGCGAACGGAGCGGUACCGCGACCGCGAGCCGCCGCCGAGCGGGGCCCGCGCUGAGGGUGUGGCUGGGCGUGGCCGUGGGGGGCAUUACAGCCUGGCUGUUCCCCCCAAAACUGCCCCAGUGGGUUGAGCCUCUAAGGCCUUUUGGCUGGAGGAAGAGAGAAACAGCGCCACAGGACAGUGCUAUACACAGAGUCUGAAUAGUUCCACAUCCCUCUGUCUCUGUGUCUCACCUGUUUCUCUGUGGCCUUACCUGAGAAAAUGACUGAUUAUACUUGCCUUUACUGUAAAUAAGUACAUAAAUCUAUAUCUGUAUAUUUUAUAUUUAAAGAGUAAACUUGUAAAUGCACUGUAAAUAAUUUCAAUAAAUUUAUAUUUCCUUA